GCGUGUGCAUUUGAGAGUUUGGUCAAGAGCGUCAAGUAGGGAACUUAACACAUAUUGUUUUCCAUUUCACAUAAAUCACAUGGACAUAUCAGCCUUCAAAUGAAAUUGAUUUUGACCUGAGAAUAAGAAAAAGAACAAGGUGGUUGGAAGAACAGCAAACCAUCAUAACCAUGCUAAAGCAAUUUAGCCUCUUAAAGCAGUUUGGAAAUGUGGGGAAGGCACAAGAUGCAACUGACCUUCUCACUGAGGAUCUGGUUUUGGUGGAGCAACGUGUGGAACCAACCAGGAAAGCAGCUCAGAUCAUCCAUAAGAAGCUGGUCGGUUGUUUGCAGAGUCAGCAGGGGCUGGACUCAGAGAAACGAAUGAAAAAACUCCCCCUCAUGUUACUCUCUGUCAGUAUGGCUGAGAGUUUUAAAGAUUUUGAUGGAGAAUCCUCUAUUAGGAGAGUUCUAGAAAUGUGCUGCUUUAUACAAAACAUUCUGGCACAAACAUUAGCAGACUUUGAAGUGAAGCUGGAAAAAGAUGUUCUGGAGCCUCUAAAUAAACUUAGUGAGGAAGACCUUCCAGAGAUUUUGAAGAACAAAAAGAUGUUUGCGAAACUGACAACAGAUUGGCACAAUGCUCGAACCAGAGCUCAAGGGAGUACAGCUCCCCAGGCUAAGCAGGAUGGAUUGAGGGAGGAAGUGGAGGAAGCCUGGAGGAAACUGGAGUCAAUCAAGGAUCAGUAUUCAGCUGAUCUUUACCACUUCUCCAGGAAAGAAGAUGAAUAUGCCAAUUAUUUUAUGCGUCUCUUAGAGCUACAAGCUGAAUACCACAAAUUCUCCUAUGAAUCCUUGAACAAAAAUAUCAGUGAACUCAAGGAAAACCAAAACCAAACAGAACCCCAGGUGGGUGUCUCAGUAAGAAAAAUGUAUGGUGAGCCUCUGCUCUCCCACCUUGAGAGCUGUGGCCAAGAGAUUGCUGAACCCAUUCAGGUGUGUGUUAACAUGCUGCUGAAGACAGCACUCAGAGAAGAGGGCUUGUUUAGGCUGGCAGCUGCUGCUUCUGUGGUAAAGAGGCUGAAAAGCAGUCUUGAAGCAGGGACGGUUGAUCAGGCUGAGUUUAAUGACCCUCAUGCUGUUGCAGGUGCACUGAAAUCUUACUUGAGAGAGCUGCCAGAACCUCUCAUGACAUUUGAACUGUAUAAUGAAUGGUUUGCAGCAGCAGGUGAAAAAGAAAUGGAUGACAAAUUGGAGCGGUUUCGAUCUGUAUUAAAAAAACUCCCAUCAGAAAACUACAGUAAUCUUCGAUACCUUAUCCAGUUUCUAGCAUGUUUGUCAGAACACCAGGCAGUUAACAGGAUGACUCCUAGUAACAUUGCCAUUGUGCUUGGACCUAACCUACUGUGGCCUCGUAUUGAAGGAGAGACGUCUCUGCUAGACAUGGCUUCUGCCUCUUCAGUCCAGGUUGUGACAGUGAUAGAACCCCUCAUACAAUACUCCAAGAGCCUAUUCCCUGAAGAUGUUGAUUUUGAAAUUCCAGAAUUCCCAGCACUGUCUCCUUCUUUACCUCAGAAGUCCCCAUUAGACACUGUCCACCCCCCCUCUCCAACUGCGUCUGUCUCAAAAACUGACAGUGUAUCUCAAUUUGAAAACUAUGGUGCAGAUUUAAAUAUAAAAUCUGCUCCAAUGAAUCGUGGUGCAACAAUUUGUGAAAAUAGCAGUCCUGCCCCAGCUAGUCCACCAUCUGCUCAGGCUUCUAGUUCAAAUGUAGCUCCUGGUGAAAAUCAGCCCAAGUCUUUUCCUCAACCACAGCCUCGAUCUCAGCUUCAAGCAAAGUCUCAAUCUCAGACACAGAAUCCAAUUCAGUUGAAGGCAAACAACUCUUCAGAGGAUGGCUCAGAGCAGCUUCUUCAUUCUUUUGAGGCCACACUGAAGAUCACCACUCCUUUCAAACCAAGAAGGUCGUUCGUUCAGCACAGGCCAAUUAAUAAAGAUUCUGUUGUAAGCUACAGCAAACCCAAAACCCCAGUUCCUCCCAUGAACGAGGCCGGAGGUCUGCCAAGAAAUUUUCCACUGGCCAUGCCCACAAUCUCUGAGGCACAGAUGCAGCCUUCAGCCAAACCCCAAGCUCCUCCUGUUUCUUCAGUCCCUCCUGGUCUUUCAGCUUCUGUUCCUUUAGCUCCUCCUGUUCCUUCAGCUCCUCCACCUGAUAUAGGUCCUCAGAGAAAGGGUGUAAGCAAGAGACCCAAAGUGCCUCCUCCACUUCCACCUCCAUCCCUGCCCAAGCAGAUCUCAUCACCAGCCCAGUGAGCCCAGUGCAGUGAGCCUGCAUUUGCCUUUAUACUGAUUAACUAUAAUCUAUGUUUUGAAAAAUUAAUUUGAUAAUUUGGUGUACAUCAUGCUUUAAGUCUUUUAGUUGGCUCCUCUUAUUAUUUGCACUGUCACAUUCUCUGUAGCUUUGUGAAACCUUAAUCUACAGAUUGGCAUUCCCCAAUAGGUUCCUGUAGGUGCAAAUAUAACACAAAGAGAAAUCUCACUUCCUUUGGUUUCAUCUUUGUGUGCUAACAGCAGUGACGUAUGCACUUACAAUGUCCUCAGCAAGCUGGGGGUUUUUUCUCUGUAGUACAGCAGCAAGAAAUAUAUAAGGACACAUGUAAAUAGUAUUGUAAUGUUUGUUUUAUGUCCUUUUUUUAUUAGAUAUUAUUUGUAUUGUUUAUAAGGUACAUUAGUAAUGCGCAGACUUCCUGUGCUAAGGAACACAUUUACAUAUAUAUAUAUAUAUAUAUAUAUAUAUAUAUAUAUAUAUAUAUAUAUAUAUAUAUAUAUACACAAUAUAGAUCACAUGAUUGAGAAGUCAACUCCUCUGUCACAAUAUAUAUAAAACAAAAUCAUACAAAAUGUCACAUUAGCUGUGAUAAUCUACAGCUUUAAUGUGUCACAAAAUAUCGUAUAAAACCUUUUUCAUCACAAAA